AUGGCGCCCGCCGUCUUGCAAAAACCCGGUGUCAUCAAAGUUCGUUUUUAGACGGUUUUUCUUCAAAAAAAUUGAAAAAUGUUCCUAGGACGCCUCGCUCGCCGCCCUGUUCAGUAACCGAGAUCCCGAGCAGAGGUACCACGACUUGCGGGAAAUCGGACAUGGAUCCUUCGGCGCCGUCUAUUUUGUAAGACUAUAUCGCUGAUCUACAUCUAUAUAGUUGUUUUUAAUUUCAAGGCGUACGACAAGGAGAACGAGCAGACGGUGGCGAUCAAAAAAAUGGCGUUCAGCGGAAAGCAGGCGACCGAAAAGUGGAACGACAUCCUCAAAGAGGUCGCGUUCCUGAAUACGGUCGUGCAUCCGCACAUCGUCGAUUAUAAGGCGUGUUUUCUCAAGGAAACCACGUGUUGGGUCAGUUCUUGCGAGAUUUUCACAUGAAAAACGUUUUUUGUUGAAAUUAGCGUGAAAUUUGCGAUUCUUCACCGGAAAGGGUGCUCAAAUUAGGUUCAUAAUGAAGCCAUUACCGUGAAAUGCAUAGAAAUGUUCAUAUUUUUGUAAUUCUGUACCGAAAAAGCAAAUUUUCAGUUGGUAAUGGAGUACUGCAUCGGAUCGGCGGCAGACAUAGUCGACGUGCUGCGGAAAGGAAUGCGAGAGGUGGAGAUCGCGGCGAUCUGCUCGCAAACACUGGAAGCCCUCCGAUAUUUGCACUCUCUGAAACGGAUACACCGAGACAUCAAGGCUGGAAACAUCCUGCUGUCGGACCACGCGGUCGUCAAACUCGCCGACUUUGGCUCGGCCUCGCUCACGGAUCCGGCGCAGACGUUCAUCGGAACGCCCUUCUUCAUGGCGCCCGAAGUGAUUCUGGCAAUGGACGAGGGACAUUAUACGGACAGGGCCGACAUUUGGUCUCUCGGCAUCACUUGCAUCGAACUCGGUGAGUUUUGGCAGAAAUUUGACUUCCUUUUACUGGUCCUAUAACACUACGGAUAGAUAAUAGCAAGUUUGAUAUUAAAAUUGUAAUUUUGCAGCGGAACGGCGUCCGCCUCUGUUCACAAUGAACGCAAUGUCGGCUCUGUACCACAUUGCGCAAAACGAUCCGCCGACGCUCGCCGCGGUGGAGACUUCGGAUCAGCCGCAGUGGUCGGUCGAGUUUGUCGAGUUCAUCGACAGAUGUCUGCGGAAGCCGGCGGAAGAGAGGAUGUCGGCGGACGAGUGCUUCCGGCAUCCGUUCAUCCAGCGGAAGCGGCCGGCCGACACGAUCCAGGAGCUGAUCACGCGCACCAAGAACAUGGUGAUGGAGCUGGACAAUUUCCAGUACAAGAAGAUGCGCAAGCUCAUGUAUUUGGACGAGACGGAGGGGAAAGAGGGCAGCGAGGGCGGGAACGGAGCCGCCUCCGAUGAUCUCGACUUUCACGGAAUCGAGGCGCAUUCUAUCGGCAGAGGUGAGUCGGCAUUCUAUUCUUUUAAAUGUUUCCUUUCCUAUCGCUUAUUUUUAGCCGGCGAUUCGGCGUCUUCCCGAAGCGCCUCGCUCACUUCGUUCCGAUCGAUGCAAUCCAGCGGAGGACCCGGACUCAUGGUCUCCACGAACACCACCGGAGCCAUGGACAACGUGCAUGGUAGCUUUUUUGCUCUUUCGCGCAUGUAACCUCAGUUUUUGACUCUAAAUGUGGAGCAAUCGCGUCAAAUUCAAUUCUGUCCUUUUAACGCGAAGUUUGACAAUUUCCGAUGUUUCAGGAUCUUCGGGCUAUGGCAACGGAAGCAGCUCGACGACCAGCUCGGCGCGUCGUCGUCCUCCGAUCCCCUCGCAAAUGCUCUCCUCCACGUCAACCUCUGGUCUUGGCACGAUGCCAAGUCACGGAUCGGCGGCCGGAAUCACUGCGAUCGCGGUGAACCCGUCGAUCGCGGACGUUCCGUCGCCUUCGGAGCGCGCGGACGACGACGACGAGGCGACAACGAACGUGAGCACGAUUCCGUUGGAUACGUCGAUGAUGCGCGUGGCGCCGGUCAAAGAUUUGCACAUGCCGAAUCGGGAGGUGAAGGAGCGGAUAGCUACGUUGCAGACGCACAAGUUCGCGACACUCCGCUCGCAGAGACUCAUAAACCAGGAGCAGGAGGAGUACACGAAGGAGAACAACAUGUACGAGCAGAUGAGCAAGUACAAGCACCUCCGGCAGGGGCACCACAAAGAACUGCAGCAGUUCGAGGAACGGUGUGCGCAGGAACGCGAGCAGUUGAGGAUCAAGAUGGACCGCGAGCUGGAGCAGUUGAAUUCGACGUACUCAAAGGAGAAGAUGCGCGUGCGGUGCUCGCAGAACAACGAGUUGGACAAGCGGAAAAAGGACAUUGAGGACGGCGAGAAGCGGCUGAAAAAGACGAAAAGCGGACAGAAUCAGCAGCAGAUGAAGUUGUACAGUGGGCAGCAGUUGAAGGAGUACAAGCACAACAAGGAGGCCCAGAAAACGGUCGGUUUUUUGGCGGGGGGGGGGGGGACUGAAAAGAAUGACGCAAUUUGCAAGUUUUCCACGUUUUUUGCAUUAAAAAUUGCCUACAUUUUACUCAAAAUAGCCAUUUUUACAGCGUCUCCGCAGCCUGAACAUGCCACGAAACGCCUAUGAGAACGCGAUGAAAGACGUGAAAGUGGACCUGAAUCGGGUGAAAGACAUGCGUGAGAACGAGUUCGAGGACAAGUUGAGGACGGAAAUGGAAGAGGAGGUGGUGCGGUACCGACGGCAGCAGCUGAACAAUCUGCAUCAGCUCGAGGAGCGACUCGACGACGAAGACGUGAAUGUGCAGGAGCGACAGAUGGAAACGAGGCACGGACUGCUCAUGAAGCAGCACGAAAUGACGAGGGAACUCGAGAUUCAGCACCUGAACGAGUUGCACGCGACGAAAAAGCGGCAUCUGGAGACGCAGCACGAGGCGGAAUCGGCCAGUCAGAACGAGUACACGACUCGGCAGCAGGACGAGCUGCGGAAGAAGCACGCGAUGCAAUCGAGACAGCAGCCAAGGGAACUGAAAGUGCAAGAAGCUCAGAUCCGCAAGCAGUACCGGCAGGUGGUGAAGACGCAAACCCGUCAAUUCAAGGUGUACCUGACACACAUGGUGCAAGUGGUUCCGAAAGAGGAGCAGAAGGAGCUGACGGCCCGGCUGAAGCAGGAACAGAUGCAGAAGGUCGCGCUGCUGGCGUCGCAGUACGAGAGUCAGAUCAGGAAGAUGGUGCAGGACAAGACGGUCAAGUUGGAGUCGUGGCAGGAGGACGAGCAGAGGGCGCUGAGUGCGAAGCUUGAGAAGGAGCUCGAAGAGCUCAUCGAGUAUCAGAAGAAGCAGAGGGUCAUGCUCGAGGAGCAGAUCAAAAAGGUACACAUUUUCAGGCUCCCUGUGAUGGCGUAGAAUUGAAAUAAAAUUGAAAUUCAUCACAAAAUGAUUGCAGGAACGAACGGCGCUCGAGGAGCGAAUCGGAGCGCGUCGUGCCCUGCUCGAGCAGCGAAUUCUCGAAGAACGCGAGGACAUGACCCAGCUGCGACGGCUCAAGAAGGAGCAAAUCCGGGAGCGACACAGCGGCGAACGGCACCGACUCGAGAACCACUUUGUGCGAACGGGCUCGACGAGCAGGAGCACCGGCAGUGGCGGCGGAGCCAACAAUUCGAGCAGCAUCCAACUCGCGAUGUGA